UUCCAAAGUUGGCCCGAGGGCGGGCCGCUUUCGGUGAGUGGCUCUCGAUAGCGCAGCACACUGCUGGUCGCGGCGACGGAAGCGAACCACAAAAAGGCAGGGAACCUGCAGGGUCACGGCCGAGUCAACCAGACAUCAGGAGGAGGAGGAGGAGGAGGAGAAGGAGGAGGAGAAGAGAGAGGGGAGAGAUGGCGACAAGCAUAAGUAAGACGGAGCCAGGACGAGGAUAACAUCGGGAGAAGACACCUCGAGAACCUCUGAGACCCAGCGGCCCUGGAGAAUGCGUCGGGCGCCGAGGCCUUCUCCCAGAGCGUGCCGGACAGCUCUGCCGAGAGCGCUCUGGAACGCUCUGGAACAGGCGCACCCUCGUCCUGGACCCGUCCGAACUGGGCAAGCGGCACCCGGGCCACGGGCACCUGAAAGGACACAUCGGGCUCUAGCUCUGCCUGCAGAGGCCCCGACGCCGGAUCGAGCGGCGCAUUGGCGGCUGGGCCCAUGCCCAGACCAGCUCUCGAGCGGCGUCUCCGCCGAUGCAGGCAGACCGACUAACCUAUUCUACUACACUGCAAAAACAAAUUUCGGCCCCGGCUGCGUCCAGCAACGGGGGGGGCCUGGCUUCGCGCGGCCACGCCGGCGGGCGGGAAGAGCGGAAGUGCAGGUGAGUCGGGCGGGGUGACCAGACAGAAGGGAGGGAGGAAAGGAGGGAGAGGGCGCGGGGACGAGGCAGGGGCGCGGGCGGAAGAGCGGCGCGAGCUGCAGGGAUGACGCGGUCGGUGAAUUACUUGCUUGAUACAUGCGCGCCUACCCCCCUUGCAGCGAACCUUCGCGGCCGACGGGAGGAGGAGGAGGAGGAGGAGGAGGAGGAGGAGGAGGAGGAGGAGGAGGAGGGGGGAGUGCCGACGGGCUGGCCAAAGUACCGCGAGGUGCCAAAAACAACAUGCAGAGCAGACCAACCGGUCCAGCCCGUCCAGGGCAAGGAAGAAAAGCUGCGAAAGUAAAAUGGCCGAGCAAGCCCGAGCACAGUCGAAAGUAAACCGUCGAAUCGCU